UACGCAGCCUAGAUACAGCCUGAGCCAGGCAAUCGUCCCAGAAACAUUCAGCAUGCCACUAUGCAGUGGCUAAUCAUGUUAUAAACGUCUAUGGUUCUCCUCCGCAACUCCGCAAUCUCAAUUGCGCCUUCCGAGCUAUCGUUGAUCUGGGCCCCGGUUCGCAACAGACCAUCUCCAAUCGCUUGCUGCACCUGCGCCGAUCCCCGUGUCGCAUUUUCUAUCUCAAUCCCGCGCGCCAGAGGCAUUGCGUCUGACUCACAUCGUCCAAAGAGACUAUCAUCUUCCGGCCUCCUUCCUAUCCCGUCUUUGUCGCUGAAAAUGCCCGAGUCCAGGGAAGGAAAGCAGGCAACCCUGGGGAGGUUCUUCGGUUCCAAUUCCGACGCCCCAAAGAAGCAAACCACCCUUAGUUUUGGCGGCAAUCGAAACAAAUCGGCCGCCUCCGCAAACAAGUCGAAGAAAGAACCAGCUUCCAAGGACGAAAAUGAGGCUAAGCCCGUAGCCGAUGAAACAAGCGGCAAGGAUGUUGACAUGACAGAAGCUUCUGAAGCCGCGCCUGAGGUAGCUGAGGAAGCCGAUCGUCAGUCUUUGAAGAGAGAUAAGAGUGAAGGGAGCGAUAGUGAAGAGAGUGAUGUCCAACCCUCAAGUAAGAGACGACGAAAGGGUUCCGAUAAACCAAAAGCUGCCCCCGCCUCAAAAGCACAACCCAAAUCCUCGCCGAAAAGCCCAAAGCCCAGCAAAUCGAAGGCUAAGGCGACUUCACCUCCGGUCGUGCAAAAGGCAUCCGGAGAGGAAACACCAGAAGAUCCUGAUGUAUCCGACAUCGAAGAAGAGCUGUCUGCUAGCGAAGAAGAAGCCGAGAAGAAACCUGAAUUGAAGAAAAAGGAGCUUGAGAAGGUCCAGGCAGCCCUAAAGGGAAGCGGGAAAGAUCCAUAUCCUGAUUGGAAGGCUGGCGAGCCUGUUCCGUACGCCGCUUUAUGCACCACAUUUUCUCUCAUCGAGAUGACCACGAAACGACUCCAAAUCCUCGCUCACUGCUCUCUCUUUCUCCGACAAGUCCUACGCCUCACUCCUAAAGAUUUCCUCCCCACAGUCCAACUCAUGAUCAACAAGCUUGCCGCCGACUAUGCCGGAAUCGAGCUGGGUAUUGGUGAGUCUUUGAUCAUGAAGGCCAUUGGCGAAAGUACAGGCCGUAGUCUGUCGGUGAUCAAAGCAGACCAGCAUGAGAUUGGAGAUUUGGGCCUGGUAGCCGCCAAGAGCAGGUCAAAUCAGCCCACAAUGUUCAAGCCGAAGCCAUUGACUGUUAGAGGAGUGCACGAAGGUCUACUUGCGAUUGCCAAAGUUCAGGGUCAUGGUUCCCAGGACAAGAAAAUCUCAGGGAUAAAGAAACUCCUGUCCGCUGCUGAUGCCGCCACUACUGGAAAAGGCAGCAAGGGAAUCGGCAUCACCAAGGAUAAGGGCGGCCCAAGUGAAGCCAAAUAUCUGAUACGAUUCCUUGAAGGCAAACUACGACUAGGGCUGGCGGAGAAGACCGUACUCGUUGCCCUUGCUCAAGCAGUGGUUGCACAUGAGGCUGCUCUGAAAGGCGAGAAAACUCCUUCUGCGGAGAAAUUGGCAGAGGGGGAGGCAAUACUGAAGACAGUAUACAGCGAAUUGCCAGCCUAUGAAGUUAUCAUUCCGGCCCUACUGGAACACGGGUUGGCCAACCUUGGCCAACAUUGCAAGCUGCAGCCAGGUAUCCCCAUCAAACCUAUGCUUGCAAAGCCAACCAAGUCUAUCACCGAAGUUCUCGACCGGUUUGAAGGGAAAGACUUCACGUGUGAAUACAAAUACGAUGGCGAGAGAGCUCAGAUCCACUACGUUGCCCCUGAGCACAUGACAAAGUAUCCCGGGGCUCAACUUACGUUGGAGAAGAAGGACGUUGGGCUCACUUCGAUCUUCUCUCGAAAUUCAGAAGACCUAUCAAAGAAAUACCCUGAUGUCCUGGAAAAGCUUAAGACCUGGAUCAAGCCCGGUGUCGGAAGCUUUGUGUUAGACUGUGAAACCGUCGCCUGGGAUACAGUGAACAAGAAAGUGCUCCCCUUCCAGCAAUUGAUGACUCGGAAGCGAAAAGACGUCAAGGCGGAAGAUGUCAAGGUCAAAGUCUGCGUGUUUGCAUUCGAUCUUCUUUUCCUUAAUGAUGAGCCCGCAGUUAAGAAGUCCCUCCGAGAGCGCCGCGAACUGCUACACGAAUCAUUCCAAGCGGUCGAAGGCGAAUUUCAAUUCGCCCAAUACGGAGACACAAACGACCUUGAUGAGAUCCAAAACCUCCUCGACGAUUCUGUGAAGGCCUCCUGUGAAGGCCUCAUGGUGAAAAUGCUUGACACAGAAGAGAGUGGCUACGAACCGAGCAAACGCUCUCGUAAUUGGCUCAAGGUGAAGAAAGACUAUCUCUCCGGCGUCGGCGACUCCCUCGACCUCGUCGUCCUAGGCGCUUACUACGGCCGCGGAAAACGCACCUCCGUCUACGGCGCCUUCCUCCUUGCCGCCUACAACCCCAGCACACAAACCUACGAAACAAUCUGCAACAUCGGCACGGGCUUCUCUGACGAAGUCCUGAAGGAAUUCCACGAAACCCUCUCCCCGCUUGUCAUCGACCGCGCCAAGCCAUUCUACUCACACUCGACGGUUCCCAAGGACCAGCCCGACGUCUGGCUCGAGCCCCGCCUCGUCUGGGAAGUCAAGACGGCGGACCUUACACUGAGCCCCAGGUACAAGGCUGCGGCGGAUGAGUUUGUUGGUGCCAAGGGUGUUUCGCUGCGGUUCCCGAGGUUUAUCAAGAGUCGUGAUGAUAAGAAGCCUGAGCAGGCGACUACGACCAAGGCGGUUGCAGAGAUGUACCGCAAGCAGGAGGCUGUUGCGAAGGAUGGGGCGAGCAAGGGUGGGGUUGAUGAUGAUUUCGAGUAUUGAUUGAGUACCUAUUGACUAUCAGAUACCCUUUACAUAACUAGUCGGGACGAGUGAGCUCCUGUGUGCGAAGUGGGCUAUUGUAUGAGUCUGUAUGAGAACUUACGUACUUUGACCUUGAGAUUGGUUGAGCGCUGAGAGCGAUUCCUACUGCUGUAUAUCAAGGACACUUACUGCUUCUUCAAUUACAUUUACUUUGAAGGAACUUUCUCUGCAAGGGCGAUUUCGCAAGUUUCAAUCAUCCAUUGGCUGGCCAAUAUACAACAUCCAUCGAGUCAUCAUCCUGAUAAUCAUAUCAAAAGGAAGUAAUGGGUACACAAUAUAGGUGGUUUUGUACAAGCCGAUUUCCUCUAGCCAACCCCCGGCUAUCCAGCAGUCAUUCUACAGUCCAAGGUCAACCAGUGAAAAAGGAAAAGGGAAAAGAUAACGCAUAUCCGACAGAACACGCUAUGACGCAUUUCAAACCAUGAAGCAACAUCAAAGAUCGUCGCGGCCAGGUGUGGUGGAUUUGUUACCGUCUCUGGACGUAAACCCUGUUUGUCGGACACGCAAGACAAAGUUCGUCAACAUGAUUGCGACAAGACCGACGCCUACGACUGUAGGCCCCCAUUUCUCGUAGUACACGCGUUUCACGUCACGGCGUUUGCGAAUCUUGUCGACGCGCCAGAUGUAGAGCACGAGACUGUAGAUGAGGGCUACAGCGGCGAGGAUGGUGAAGGCCCAGGAACAGGCGAAUGUGAUGUAGUCGUCGCCGAAGUUCAGGAGGGUAGCGGCGAUUGUUCCAAGAAGGAUGGAGAAUUCUAGCCAGGAGAGGAAUGUUCUCUCGGCGGCAAAGUAGACUUUGGGUUCGACACGGACAGGAACGUGAAUACCUUGAGAUUUGUUAAUGAUGUUAUCAAUCGAGAGAGGACGGAGUAUGAAGCUUACGUUUACCCUUGGGAGCCGUAAAUCGCUUGAUUGUCCGUCCACUGCCCAUGACCGUGAUGCCGUUCUGCUCUGGAGCGGGCAUAUUUGUGGGCAUGGGCCUAGGAAUAAGUGCCUUGAGCAGAUUGAUCAUCCCGUUCUUAAGCCGAUGACUGUAGUACUUGGCCAGCUGCUCAUAGUAGUAUCUGCCUCCUACACGACGCGCCUCUUCCAACUCAUCUGAAUCGACAGACUCAUCGUCCGAGUCGUACAGCGGAUAGUCUUCGUCUCCAGGAAGUGGCUGUGCGGCGAUUCGUUCCUCGACGUCAAGCGCAUUCCCGUCAGUAUCAUCGAAGAGAGCGUGUGGCUCGAUUUCACGGAGCGCUUCUCGGUCGGAGCGGUCUCUCGGCCCCCCAUUGCGCCCUUCGUGCGCGUCCAGCUCGUCGUCUUCGGAUUCGUCGUCUUCAGGUGUCUCAUUUGCAGAAAGAGAUGUGCUUGUCAUUGGGCGCUGAAUACCAAAGUGGCGUGUUGCGGGCUUUCGAAUAUCAACAUCCAUUUGCGGCAUCCAGAAUGGCAGAAGGUGGAUGCGAUCCGGGAAUAAUGCGGCAGUUCCGUGGAUGAACUUGCUGUAUUUGGGCACUGCUUCUACCAAGUGGCUCGCCGUCAGGUCACGAAUCCACUUCGGCGGCUCUUGUCCAGCCUGGGUCUGAAGUUUGACCUCCAAAACCGCGUAGGGGAAACGCUCGACGUCCUCAGGUGGCAGCUGGUUAAACGGCCAGUCCACCCCAAUGUCCAUUCUGCGCCAGUUGUUACCGGAUCUUUGACGUCCAUCCAGGUUAUCCUCUCGGAUCAUGGUCAACUCCGUAUCAAGCGAAAUGCGGACUCUGGCAUCCCCAGGAAGCUGGAAAGCGGUACGGUGAUAGAAGGUUCUGGUGACCGGUACUAGCCUUCGAGUGAUGACUCGAUACUGAAUCUCCCGAGCCAGUUGCUCCAGGUCGGCGAUCUCAUCCUCGCUCUUUUUCUUAUCCUUCCGCAUCUUCUCGAAAACCUUGUCCACCGUCAAUUUACCAGCCAUGAAGUCAUUCACAUAUUUCUCCUUGAGAGCAAACCGCGCCUUCACGGACUUCUCUCCAGUCCAAUCUUCACGAUGCGUUUUCCGCUCGACGAAUAUCUGAUCACUAUCCAUACCACCAUACCACCGUAGACGGAUGGCCUCAGCUCCUUCGGUCUUUUUUAAGCGGCCCAGGUAUAGCUCCCACGUCUCGGGAUUGUCAUAGUAGAUGGAAGAAAUCGCGGAAUCUUCUUCCUCAAAUUCUUUGCUGGGGUUGAAGACAAGAACGGGAAGAUGCUAUGUCGAGUCAGUGUGAGACGUUGCGCAGGAAUUGGGGUGGCAUACCUUAAGAAUAAUCAACUUCAAUUCUGUGAUGUUGUCGGGAUGGACCCAGUAUUUAGUUGUUUGGCGUACAAAGUUCUGUUGGGUACCGCCUGCCGAGGAAUCUCCUUUGACUGGGUUUCCCUUGGUUCGGACAAGGUCGUACAGCUUUGAUAGCCUCACUACGAAGGCAUCAUAGUUAUCCUUGAAGAAAGGCUUCGCUUUGAGCCGGGCAGCGAAGACCGGCUUGAGAUGCCAUUGUGUUUGUUUCUAUGUCAAUGGUCAGUAUGCGAUUCGCUCCGUGCAGCGUAAUGAGUCCCAAUAAAACGUACAUCAUGCUUCUUAAUAAUCUUUUGAAACCCGGUGUAGUUCAAUUGAGUAAAUUUCGCAAGGUCGUGAACAUCGGCGAUGAUAUCACUCAGGACCUGCUCAAGCAUCAGGAACUCCUCGUCGGACGGAGGGGGCCUGCUUGAGCGGCCAGCACUGCGGUUGUCAUUGCUGUUGUUCAGUCGCGUUACAACGUCUUCGACGUCCUUCUCGACCUCUUGGAUCCGGCGGACAAUCUCCUCGCUCUUGAGCUUCUGGAAGUUAAAGACCUUGUCCAAUUCGCUCUCCAGAAGUGCCACGAAAUGCCGCUCAUCAUCCUCCGUCCAUGGUUUGCGGUCGGGCUUUGUGUUUUGGGGGGUCGGGUCGGUAACGUAGCCGGUCUUGAGAGCUUUCUUCAGACCUUCGUAAUUGAUGUAGUACCAGUAGUACUCUUUAUUUUGUGACGAGCGGAGGUGCUCGCCGAACCUGUGAAAAAGCAAAUUGUCAGUCACGGCGACGAUUAGGCG